AGAACACUGACAGAAGCCAACAUGUCUCUCUCAAACGAAGAAAUUGAAGAGGCCAAGGACACAUUUUCCCUGUUUGACCGAAAGGGAGAUAAUAAAGCUGCUUGCAGUCAAAUCGGGGAUAUUUUGAGGUCCAUGAAUUUAAAUCCAACAAUUGCAGAAGUAAAGAAGCUCACUGAAGGAAAGGGAGCUGAUCACCGUUUCUCAUUUGAAGAAUUCCUUCCCAUGUACCAGUCAAGUGUAAAAUGCAAAGACCAAGGAGAGUUUGAAGAUUACAUGGAAGGUUUAAAAGUUUUUGACAAAGAAGGAAAUGGCCUUAUCAGUGGCGCUGAGUUGAGACAUGUGAUGGGCACACUUGGUGAAAGAAUGAGUGAUGAUGAGAUUGAAGCAGUAUUGGUUGGCUUUGAGGACGGAGAUGGCAAUGUCAAUUAUGAAGAUUGGGUCAAACACAUCAUGACACUGCCGACAUAUAACUAGUAUCCUGUCGUAUGUAGAGCCUGUGGCCUAUUUCGCUACCGUAUAUUUUCUUACCGAAAUUAAGUUGAAACAAAACUUGAUUUUUCUUUGUUUAACAACGAUAGAUUUAUAAAAACUGAACUUGACCAUUAGGCAAAUAGAUAGAACAUUGAAAGUUUUGUUUCGGGACGAAAGUAUACAGCAACGAAUGUGCAAUGAAAAGUAUAAUUUAAACUGAGUUAUUAAUCUGGAAGAUAAAUGUAAACCUCCUAUCGUGGCAAUAAUUACCGAUUUACCUAACAGUCUCCAUGCCAACACAACUGACCUUUUAUACCAGCCAAUAAUAUCUGUCAUAUUCACUGAUUCUGAUUGGAUGACAUUAUUGAGUUGUGAUGAAUAAUUUGUAGUAGUGCUUGUCUGAAAAAGAAGACAAGUUUUCUGGGUAUUGACAAACAUUUAGCCAAUCAUUUUGUGUACAGUGUUUAGUAGAUGUAGUUCCUUGCGUUCAUUUUUACUGUAUCAAAAAAAAAAUAUUUUUUUCACAUAUAUUAUUUGUUCGGGUGGCUUAUACUACUUAGUUCUAUUCAUCAUUUGGUCGCCAUGGGAACAUGACGACAAUUUCGCUAUAGACAGUGCAUUGUGUCUUUUCUCUUAUUUUCAAAACUACUUUCCCUCUCUUAUCUUCUCAUAUUGCUAGAUGUCUUGUAGUAUCUUCUUUCAGAACUGUUUCUCGAUUUCUAGGGAUUUGAUGCAUGUUCACAUGACGACCAUUCUUAGAGAGCAAAAUACCAUGAUAACAGUUCAUGCAAGCUCAACAAUGACUUGCAAUAUUCCUGUGUACAAUUUCAUAUUUCAGAUGUAUUUUCAAAAUGAAAUGGAAAUCCUCUUUUGAUUUAACAUUGUUUUUGUCAGGAAUAAAUUGCUUUCUGAAUUUUAAA